AUGGUCGCCUAUGCGGCUCAAAUGAACGUCCAGACUGGGUGUGGAGCUACUUGGUGCAGGUACUUCCCCAUCACCUUGAAGGGUCUUGCACUUAUCUGGUUCAACAAGCAUGUGCCAAAGGGGAGUAUCAAGAGCUACAGUGAGCUUGAAAAGGUGUUCAUCAGCCAAUUCGCUGCAGGUCGAAGACACAAAAAGACAAGUGUUAACUUAAUAGAGGUCAGACAGGGAGAGACAAAGCCCCUUCGCAACUACAUCAAGAGAUUCAAUGAAGAAUUCCUAAAAAUACACAAUCUCAAGGAUGAGACCAAGUUUGCAGCCCUCUUGGCGGGGCUUCAACCAGAUGACUUCAAAUUUGAGUUGAUCAAGUCCGGGGUGUCCAACCUUGAAGAAGCAAUGGAGAAGGCCCAAAUGCACAUUCAAGCUACGGAUGUUUUUAAGAUCAGCUGGGGUGGUGAGUGUGGCACAAGACAAAAACAAAAGCCUAAUUUGGGAGAGACCUCAAAAUCCGAAAAGAAGAAAAAAUAA